UCCACCUCCGACCGGCCGGAGCUGCGGAGCGGCUCCGCUCGCCGGUCCCCGGAGCCGCCGCUUGCUUUCCCCCCACCCCCGCCCGCGGCGAGCCCGUCAAUCCCCGCACGACGCGCUCCUCCAUCUGGGCCAUGGAUGGCGGGGAUCUGAUGAGCUUCUUUCUCCUGGUGUCAUUAACGGACCUUCUACCAUGAGCAAUUCUACUCCUUCUGCAGGUGUGUAUGCUAAUGGGAAUGACAACAAGAAAUUUAAAGGAGAUAGACCUCCCUGUUCGCCUUCCCGUGUUCUCCAUCUUCGCAAAAUUCCAUGUGAUGUCACCGAAGCAGAGGUCAUAUCAUUAGGUCUACCAUUUGGCAAAGUAACUAAUCUUUUGAUGUUGAAAGGAAAAAGCCAGGCCUUUUUAGAAAUGGCUUCUGAAGAAGCUGCUGUUACUAUGGUAAAUUAUUACACUCCUGUUACUCCUCAUCUACGAAGUCAGCCUGUUUAUAUCCAGUAUUCCAAUCACCGAGAACUUAAGACUGACAAUCUGCCUAAUCAGGCUAGAGCCCAAGCUGCACUGCAGGCUGUCAGUGCUGUACAGUCAGGAAACCUGUCCCUUCCUGGAGCUCCUUCCAGUGAAGGCACAGUGCUACCUGGGCAGAGUCCUGUGCUCCGGAUAAUUAUUGAAAACCUAUUUUACCCUGUCACUUUGGAAGUUCUUCAUCAGAUAUUUUCUAAAUUUGGCACAGUCUUGAAGAUUAUCACCUUUACAAAGAAUAAUCAGUUUCAAGCCUUGCUUCAGUAUGCUGACCCACUGAAUGCACAUUAUGCCAAAAUGGCUUUGGAUGGCCAGAAUAUCUAUAAUGCAUGCUGCACUCUGCGUAUUGACUUCUCCAAACUCACCAGCCUUAAUGUGAAAUACAAUAAUGACAAAAGCAGAGACUUUACUCGCAUAGACCUUCCUACUGGAGAUGGUCAGCCACCCCUUGAACCUCCUAUGGCUGCUGCUUUUGGUGCACCAGGUAUAAUUUCCUCUCCAUAUGCAGGGGCUGCUGGAUUUGCCCCCACCAUUGGAUUUCCUCAAGCUACAGGUCUGUCUGUUCCAGCUGUUCCUGGAGCCCUUGGUCCCCUCACACUCACCUCCUCUGCUGUCACUGGAAGGAUGGCCAUUCCUGGGACAAGUGGCAUACCAGGGAAUUCUGUUCUGCUUGUCACCAACCUCAAUCCUGAUUUUAUCACACCACAUGGACUUUUUAUCCUAUUUGGAGUGUAUGGUGAUGUCCAUCGAGUGAAGAUCAUGUUUAACAAGAAAGAAAACGCUUUGGUGCAGAUGGCAGACGCAAGUCAAGCUCAGCUCGCAAUGAACCAUCUAAGUGGUCAGAGACUUUAUGGAAAAGUACUUCGUGCUACACUGUCCAAACACCAAGCAGUCCAGCUCCCUAGAGAGGGACAGGAAGACCAAGGUCUGACUAAGGACUUCAGCAAUAGUCCCCUGCAUCGCUUUAAAAAGCCCGGCUCAAAGAACUUCCAGAAUAUCUUCCCGCCGUCAGCCACUCUACAUCUUUCCAACAUCCCCCCUUCUGUUACAAUGGAUGAUUUGAAGAACCUUUUCAUAGACGCUGGAUGCUCAGUGAAGGCUUUUAAAUUCUUUCAGAAGGAUCGUAAGAUGGCACUCAUUCAGUUGGGGUCUGUGGAAGAAGCAAUCCAGGCCCUUAUUGAGCUUCACAAUCAUGAUCUUGGAGAGAAUCAUCACCUCAGAGUUUCCUUCUCAAAGUCCACCAUCUGAGCUCUCUGUGAAUGUUCUCCUGAAACUGGACCAUAAUUUCAGUAAAGUCUUCAGGCACAAACUUUAGCAGCUCAAGACCAAUUCUGCCUCUUUCACAAAAGUAACUCUUUGGGAGUUUGAUUAAUAUUCAAGUACAUUCAAAACAAGAGAUAUUCCUUUUUUUCUCCAAUUUUUCCCACCAAUGUUGAUCAAAGGUUUGCUUUUCCUUUGUACUGCAGUUUCUAUGAAAAUAACUUUCAGGAAAAAAGAUCAGGAAAAUAUUUUUUAAAUAAUUUAAUUCCCUGAAUUAGAUUUCAAAAGGAUAGACUUUGUUUAAGUUUGGGUCCAGAUCAGCCUUACAUGACAUUUCUAGUAUCCUUUGUACUUUGAGGAAUUUAGGCAUACAGACUUUUACAAUUUCUUGAUGUAAUUUAAACCACUUACAACCAAGUUUUUAACUUUAUGAUUCAGCAAUUUCCCUGUAGAAAAUGAUGUUCACUUAUAAAUUAUAUCAGAUAUUUGCAUCUAUUGAUAGUUAUUAUACAUAACCACAUGGAGUUAUAUUGGAAGCAGGUUUAUAAACAUGCAUGCUUUCUUUCAGUGAUUUUUUUUUCACUGUAUGUCACUCCUUUGAAUAAUGCAUAUCUUCUCUUUCAAAGACUUUUUGGAAACGCAAAGUGUUGCAAUUGUCCCAGGGAAACAGAAGUGGAAUUCAGCCUAGAUCUGUUACAAUAUCAGAAUAGUGAACCAUUUUAGAAAAAAAAUUAUGUUUUGAAUUUCAAAAUGACAUUUGUCAAGUAAUGUAAUAUGAUCUUGGAAAAUUUUAAAAGAAAAGUAAUCCUACUUUUUUAUAAUUGUUUUCAGAAAAAAAGUUUACAGUCUUAAGGAAAAUAUUCAGGUCUAUCAUAUGGUUUGACAGAUUUUUUAAAAGUUAUUUUUGGUAAGGUCUUCUUUUAGAAAAAAAUCUCAAGGGUUUUUUGUACCACUAUAAUCUCUAAUACUCAGAAUUACUGUGUAUUUACUUAAUUUCUUAUUAUGUGCCUUAUUAUGUGCUUAAGAUAUAAUAGAUUAGAGUUUUAUCUAAAUAUCUAGAAAGAUAAAUUGUGGGCUUGGUGAGCAUUCUGUUAUUUCUUUCCUUGUCUUGGAUU